UUUUGUUUUUAUGAUUUUAUUCAAUUACAUCACUAAGAAUGCAUUUUUCCAUUGAUAUAAAGUUAGUAACAAACAAGGUUAUCAAUUAUUGUGAUAUAUAACAAAAAGUAUAUAUAAGAAACUUCUUUAGUCUUGAACAGCAGAUUUCUUGUACCGUGCCAUAUACAUUUUGCAAAAUGAAGAUUAUUUUAAUUAUUGCAUCUUUUUUGGUUUUGACGGCAUAUGCCGAUCUAGCCGCUCAACGAGCUCAACUCAUAAAAACGCAGACCGAAUGUGAAACCAAAUUGGGAGAACCCAAGAACCUCAUAAAAAAAAUGGUACUAGGAGAAGAUAUAGGAGACAGGCAAAAAGCUGGCAAGAUGGCGAUUUGCAUUAACCAUGGUAAGGGUCACAUGAAUGAAGCUGGCGAACUGAUACCAGAUAAAUUCAAAGCACAUGUAGAAGAAUUGGUCGAAGAUGAAGACCAACGUAAGAAGAUUAUCGACACUUGUGGACAAAUCAAGGGAAGUACACCUGAGGAAGGUGCUUUGAACUAUAUGAAAUGUAUGCAGGAUAAUUUACCACGCGCUACUGCCAAAGAUUUCGAUUGAUUUCAUUCAUUAUUUUGGAUUGUUAUAAAAUAAUAAAAUAAAGAUGUUUUUGUUUAAA